AUGGCGCGCAGCAGUCCAGGGUGCACUAGCUACGCUAUGGGAUCCCAAAGUUAUAUAGUAUUUGAAUUGCGGGGCUCAGGAGCAGAUAUUGGAUUAAAAUUGAGUUAUAGACUGAAACAUUCGCGAAGGGGCAGCCUAGUGCCAGCCGUGGCCGCCGUGGCUGGAUUUGAUGUGGUGGUAGACGUGCUUGUAGAUGGGCACGUGCACCGCGUAGGGCUUGGGCACGGGCACCUCCACGGGCUUCUCAACGGUCACCGGGUAGGGCUUCUCGAUCUCGAUGGGCACCUUCUUCUCGGUGACCACGUGGUAGGGCUUCUCGACGGGCACUUGGAUGGUCUUGACUACUUCCACGGGGACCUUGAUGAUUUCCUAUCCGUGAGUCAGCAUACUGUGCUCUUCACGGUCGCAAACUGGGCGAGCGAGCAGCGAGCGUAUGUGUGGCGACAACCACCAGAUGGCAGCGCCGCGCCGCUGGCUGCAGUCAACAAAACGUACCUUCUGGAAGACGGGCACUUGGACCUGGACGGCGACGGGCUGGGGCACGGGGUGCGGCACGUGGAUGUGGGUGGGCACGGGCACCUUCACCACCUUGACGCGCGGCGCCUGCGCGCGGUGGAACACGUUCACGUGCUCCUGGAUGGGCUCGUAGCUGCCCGCGUCGUGGCCGCCGCCGUCGCCGCCGCCCAGCGCGUAGCCGCCGCCCCCGCCGUAGUGGCCGCCGUCGAGGCCUCCGUGGCUGAAGCCGGGAGCCGCCGCCGCCAGCGUCGCGGCUGCCACCAGGGCUACGGAAACCUGCGCAACAGACACGCGCGGACACAGCAUGGACAGAGCUGGGCGCGAUGGUAUGAAGGGGAUGGAAUAGGUGUGGCGGGGAAGUGCGAGGCGGGAAUGGACGGGGUGGGGAUGGGAAGGGAGGCGAUGGGCAUGGGUGAGAUGGACGAGACAGAAGAGGGCGAGUAG